UAUUAAACACGUGGUUUUUUGCCUAUUCAAUAAAAAAUUAAUCACCUUACUUCCAUAUUGAACAAAAAGCAAAGCCAGCUCUGAAACUCAGUUUCAGCGUGCCACAGUUAUGUAUUCCAAUAAUAACAACAUACUAACUGUUACAGAUUAAAUUGGAUAGGCCUUUACCAACUAUUUUAUUGCCAAUUACUUGAAAAGUCUUCUUGGUUCACUUUCCGGUUUGAAAACUCUCAUUAGGUGCCUUAAUUGAAACAAAAUCGAUUAACUAGAACUUUAUUAUAAUUUCAGAUCUAUAACUUAUUCUCCUAAUGCAACUAGUUGUUAAGACGCGCUUGGAAGAGCUGCAACUUCGGAAGUUACUGGACUGUAUUCGGAACAGGAACCAGGAAGUGUUGAACAAAAUUAUCCAGAAUGGGCUUCCUCACUUAGUCAAUUACGUCGAGAAGGGCCCAGAAGGCAUCGGAGCAGUACACUUAUGUGCUCUGGAGAAUGACUGGGCCAUGCUUCAUGAACUGUUCAAGGCAGGAGCCAAUCCGAACCUACAGGACGCAAAGGGGAGGACAAUUUCCAUGAUUGCGGCAGAGUAUGGACACGUGCAGGUCAUGAAGCUGCUAGAUAGUGACUCACUAAAGGUCAACAUGAAAUUGAAGGACGAAUCUGGUCGUGGGGUGUUGUUCCGGAGUCUGGCGAAGACAAAGAGACACCUGAUCUGUGCUGAUAUUGCGAUCAGGCGAGGGGCAGACACCAACAACUCCGACUUCGAAGGAAUAUCGGUGCUGCAUGAGGCAUGUAUCCGGGCGAGUGAGGUGGAGGACAUCUGCAUCCGCCUGUUGGAGUUCGGGGCUGACCCCAAUGCACAGACAGCUGUAAGGAUGGACACUCCAUUACAGGUUGCAGCACACGACGGAUGCAUCAAGGUGUGUAAGGCGCUGAUUGGCGCAGGUGCUAGAGUGGAUGCGGUGAAUAGGAAGAGAUUGACAGCCGCUCACUUUGCAGCCAAGGCAGGACAUAUUGAAGUGUUGCAGGUACUCACAGCACACGGGGCUGCAAUGGACCAACAGGACACGCUAGGCAACACUCCUUUGCACUACGCUGCAAUGAGCGGCCACCAACUGUGUGUGAAGUUGUUGGCUUUCAGAAUGUGUCCUGGUUCAGUUAAGAACAAACAGGGUCUUCUGGCUAGCAAAAUCGCCCUCAUUAUGAAGAAGGAACAGGAGACUAAGGCGGAUAAAAAACAGUUUCAACUGUGCUCUAAGUGGGCAAAGAAAGCUGCCAAGUUAGAAGCUGCUCAAAAGAUCAAGCCGGAGGAGUUGCGUCUUUAUGACUGGGUUCAGGAGUACCAGUCUGACCUACUCGAUCAAUUCCAUCAGGUGGACCCCGAAUCCACAGGCCACGUGGACGAGCACGCCUUCUAUGACGUCAUGGAGAUGCAUGGACCCAAGUCGGCCACACCCGAAAUGUACAGGAAGAUUUACAAACUGCACGAUCGGGAGAAUUCGGGAGUGAUUAAGUACGAGGAGUUCAUACUUGGGAAGAAGUAUAUCCACAAGACCUAUCUCAGGUCAGCAUUCCUCCCCAAAGGUCAAAAGGGAAAGAAGAAGAAGAAAGGGGGCAAAGGGAAAGGUGGGAAAAAGAAGAAGUUUAAGCUGGCAGUUCCAAUCUGCACCCGAGACGAGGGACCCCGAAUGCCAAAUGGAGCGCCUCCGGCGAGCUAUAUCCAACAGCUGGUGCCACUCGUUGAUUGGUCCAAAUUCACUCGCGACAACCAACCCAAACAUCCUAUAUUUGAUGACUCCUAUUGGUACAUGAAGGACAGUGGGACUUCUUAUGUGAACUUGAACACGGCCACUAGGAGUGGGGACGUGGAGUCUCUCAAGAAGGCCAUCAUGCUGGGCCACACAAACGUCGAUCAGCGUGACAAAUACUAUAAGACUCCUUUGAUGGCCGCCUGUCGCCAGGGUAAUGUCCAGAUGGUCCGUUUUCUACUCAGUCUGGGCGCAGAUGUGAAUGCCAAAGACAACUUCUUCUGGACACCACUUCACUUCGCUUGCAACUCCGGCCAGUUGCCGAUUGUCCAGCUGUUACUGGACGAAGGUGCUAACAUCAAUGCACUCACAAUGCAUAAAGCUACGCCAUUGAUGAGAGCGGUGGAAACUUCUAGAAUAGAAGUGGUCGAUUUCUUACUCGAAAAAGUGAUAGCAGAUGUUAAAUCAGCGCAAGGUGCCCGCGUGUCGAUUGAGACUGUGAAGGAGGAGACUGUGAUGGACAAGGCCUACAGUUGGAGUGACCCCCGAGUGACUGUCAAAGUGAAGAACAGGUACGACCAAGUGGUUCCCCCUCUCUCAGACGCAGAACUGGCCAAGAAGAAGAAGGAGAAACUCAAACUCAAGCAGAAAAACAGAGCUGCGUCGGCAAGAAACCAGCGCAGCUCUGCGCCCGCAAUCAGCAAAUUUAAACCCUUCCUGCCUCCCCUGCAGACACACAAAGGGGGAGAUACAAACAUGGAGCCAGAGUCCAUCUUCGACUCCAACCGGAAGCAAUCAGUAGUCCUUAUGGCGUCUUCACUAUCUACAGGCACGAAAUACGACAAAGAAGAUAUCACAUAUAAUCCCGGAAGAUGGUGGGUCAAAAUGAGGUCAACUGAUGACCUUUUGAAGGAGCGCCAGAUCUUGAGGUCACAGCAUACAUGGGAACAUGACUUCCCGAAGACGUUCAAAAUGCCUUUCCCCAAACACAUUGAGGAACAGGCCAAGAAAUUUGACGUUUAAUUUUUAAACCUAAUCCAGAAAUGAA